AUGGGAAAGCACAACAAGGAUCUACCGGCCCGGCCCUCUACCUCGCGGGAGAGGGAAAGGCACCGGUCUAAGGAGAGAUCCGAAGUUAUUCGAGAACGAUCAAGGAGCAGAGCCCCUUCAAAUUCAUCGGCAGCCUCUUCUAGUGUCCAAAUCCCCGACUAUUACCUCCAGGACUCUCGCUCUACACCUCCGUUGCCAGCGCCCGCCAGUCGUCGAGGGAAAGAAGAUCAACUAUCCGAUAUGCGGUCCAAUAAGUCACCUUCGCAGCCAAAUACGCUCCAGAAGCCGAGGAGGAAAGAGGCUGUCCCGAAACUCAUGAUCAGAAAGCCCGAGGAAAGAGAAUACUACAUGCCAGAGGUACAAUCUGCGACUGCGACUACUCCCAGCAACUCUGGGUUCGGCAAGUUUGGAAGAGGUCGAACAAAAACCAAGGAGUCCCCGAUAAUGAGCAGCUACCCACGAACCCCUAGAGAGGUCCCGAAUCCCUCAUCUCCACCGCCUCCAAUGCCACAACAGCAAACACAAAGGCGGCCAUCCGAGCCUCCUAGUUCUUCGGGAUCCGGCCAGCGAUCUUCUUCUACCGACGGGCGGAUUACUUCUAAACUAAAGGCCUCCAAGGCAGCCAUCCAAAGCGAAAGCAAGAAGUGGUCUAUCAAGGGACAGAACAUAUGGGGUAAAUUUUCGAAGAAUCCGAAAUCGGCAGUAUUCGCGCCAACCAGCUUUGGGACAUUCCCUUCGAAACCCCCAAUCGACGUUGUCGGCAUGCCAUUGCCGGAAGCGACCAUAAAAACCAGAGUUGCGAAGGAACUAGUCCCUGGUGUUGAUGCUUCUGCAUAUUGGUUACCAGCCAUGGCAUAUCGGCUAAUAUCGUAUCUCAACGUCCAUGGGCCCAAAGAGCAGGGUAUUUACCGUGUGCCUGGAAGUACGGCGGCUGUGGAUAAGAUGCGAGAAGAGUUCUCUCGCAAUCACGAUCUUGAUUUGUUUCAGGAUCCACCAGAUGAUGUCAACACUGCUAGCAGCUUGUUGAAGAGUUUCAUCCGUUCACUCCCGGAACCAAUCCUGCCUCCUAAAUUCCAAGAAGAUCUAUACGAAAAGGUCCGCGACAAUACCAAUGCAAAGCAACCACCGCAAGUAUUCGUUGACAUGCUUUCGGCUUUACCACCGCAAAACUACUAUCUACUUCAACUCUUAACGAAUCAUCUCUCGAAUGUCCGACUCGCGGAGGAUGUCACCCGUAUGGGUCUAUCGAAUCUGGCAAUGAUCUUCUGUAGCACCAUGAAAAUGGAUAGGUACAUUUUCCAUUGGCUUGUGGGAAGUUGGUCGGAUUGCUGGGCCGGUUGUUGGGCAGAGGAGCAGAUGGCGGCGGCUGGCGGUGUGAGAGUUAGCUUUGAUACCCGCUCCGAGACAUCGAAGUCUGCGAUGAGCAGCCGAAAAGAUGAGCCGAUGGGUUUGGGCAUUCGGAGCAAUGAUGGACGUAGCCACGGCGGACCCAGUCAGGACGGGCGGAGCUAUGAUGGUCGUAGCGAUCGUCGAAAUAGCCAGGAAUUAGAUAUCCCCCUUCCGCCACUACCGACCCCCAGGGAACCCUCCCCUUCGGCGAGCACCAUUGGCAAGUCCAGCAGCAGGAAGCGCAUGUCCGGUAUCCACGAUGCACCUGAUACAGCGUUUGACCCUGAGCGUGGCCGGAAACGUGCCAGCCGAGAAAUCGACUGGCCGUCCCCACCCACUCCCUCCACAAUCAAACACCAUCGACGGCUAUCCUCUGCAGAAUCGAUUGUUAGCGCAUCAAGCUUGGCAGGAAAUGCUUCUUUCGGCCACGGAGGAGCCACCAUUCGCCAAGUCCCACGGGAAUCUAGAGAUCAUGAUCCAUUAUCCCCUCGCAUUAACGAACUCAUCGGGUCAUUCCGGAUGCGAGCUAAGGAACGUCGCAGCGUGGAUGUCUCGCAGCUUGCUAUCCUAGCUCAGCAAGCUUCAUUGCAUUCUCCGGGAAUUCCUCCACUCCCUACUGACUCGCCGAGAAUCCGCCAGGGACCUCUUCAUGCUGCAACCGAGCCCAUACCCCCUCGGCAACCCCUGACAGGAAGCUCGAGAAAUGCUUCUCACAAUGCCCCGGCGUCGCCGAGGCCAAAGCAAGGGCAGCAGAGAGCUCGGUCUGCUGAACGAAGUUCUCAACCUCGAGAAGUUGAGUUGCUGCCACCGAUGCCACCAUUGAGUCCUCUCCUGGCAGGACCAAACUACGGCCACUUUUAA